UCAUGUACCGGCAGGAGGUCUCCACUUGUGGGACCUCACUUUGUCUGCAUUUUUAUUUAGCUACUUGUUAUCAGUUGACGUUAAUUGUUAUUCAAUCAGCGAGUUUUCUUUUAUAGUUAUAGUGAAUUUUUGUACUGGGUCAAAUAGUUGUUUAGAGAGUAAGUGUUGUGCUGGGUGGCAAGAUGGCUAAAGCAACAAGCAAGGAUCACCCGGAGGAAGACCUGUUCUUUCCGCCAGGGGCGCCGCCGCCAUACAUCACCUCCCAGCACCAGCAGGGCUCCAGCGUCCACAACUCUGAGACGGUGAUCUCGUUCCCGGAGGUGGUAGUGAACGAGGUGCCGGGCCACGAGGCGCCGGGCCCCGACGCGCUGGUGCGCAACUUUGACUUCACCGACAAGCAGAUCCGCCAGGGCUUCAUCAGGAAGGUGUACAGUAUCAUCAUGGCGCAGCUGGCGGUGACCGCCGGGGUGGUGGCGUGGUUCAUAUACGACGAACGUCUGAUGAGUGUUGUGGGACAGAACCCGGGGGUGUUCUUCGGCGUGUCGCUGGGCACGUACCUGACGACGGCGCUGUGCCUCAUGUGCUGCGAGGGCCCGCGUAGACGCGUGCCCUACAACUACCUGUUCCUGUUGCUGCUCACCCUGUCGCUGUCCGCCAUCGUGGGCGUCAUGUGCUCGCUGUACCACGUGCGGGAGGUGACUGACUCCUGUCUGCUGCUCGCGCGGGUCCGUGCCCUACAACUACCUGUUCCUGUUGCUGCUCACCCUGUCGCUGUCCGCCAUCGUGGGCGUCAUGUGCUCGCUGUACCACGUGCGGGAGGUGAGCUGACUCCUGUCUGCUGCUCGCGCGGGUCCGUGCCCUACAACUACCUGUUCCUGUUGCUGCUCACCCUGUCGCUGUCCGCCAUCGUGGGCGUCAUGUGCUCGCUGUACCACGUGCGGGAGGUGCUGAUCGCGGGCGGCGUCACGUUCGUGAUCGUGCUGUCGCUGACGAUCUUCGCGUUCCAGACCAAGAUCGACUUCACCGUGAUGAGCGGCUCCCUCCUAGUGCUGUGCCUGGUGCUUCUGCUUUUCGGCAUCCUGGCGGCGUUCACCCCGUACCCCGGGCUGCACCAGCUGUACUGCGCGCUGGGCGUGCUGGUGAUGGGGGUGUUCCUGGUGUACGACACGCAGCUGAUCGUGGGCGGCGACCACCGCUACGCCUUCUCCCCCGAGGAGUACGUGUUCGCGGCGCUCACGCUCUACCUCGACAUCAUGUACAUCUUCAUCCGCGUGCUGCGGCUGCUGCGCUAAACAAACAUCUCUCAUUACGUGUACCUACGUGUACGUGUGUGUGUGUACUCUGUACCUACUGUAGGUACACUCAACGAAGGGAAGGGCAGUGUAGGCAAGGCUCGCAUAUAAAUUAAAUGUUUUGUUAAGAUACCCUUCUUCUUGUCGGUGGGUGGUUGGUGCCAUUAUAUGCGUCACGUACCUACUUCGCACAGACACAGAGCUUGUGCUCUACCGACCUUCUUGCUGUAAGUACCUAGAGUAUGUGUAUGUAGAAACGCAACAGGCAAAAGAGUUUGUGGACGGUUUUACCUGAUAUUGACGGUUGACGGUCUUUCCUGCAUUGACCUUAGGGUGGUAUUCCACCUGUCAUAUGUGUAUUUUGUCUCACAUUUUGCUUAAUGAGAGAGUGAGACGCAAUGAUAUUGGAUCAAGAUAUUGGACAGAUGGAAUACCAUCCUUACAUACAACUUACUCCAAACAUGUCCCUAAGCUCUUAUCCCGGCAAAUUAAGAACCAUGGGACAUAUUUUUGAGGAAAAUGAGUAUGUUUAUACAUUUCUAUUGACGCCGACUUAAUAUUUUGAUUAAUAAUAUAUUAUUUGUAAUUAGAAUAGUCUGAGCGUUAGGUACACUCCUCGUCAGUGGACCGGUCCACGUAUAAACUGAAAUAGAUUAAGAGUGAUUAUCAAACUACAAAAUCGGCCCGAACAGUACUACGGCCGUGCAUUUAUUUAAUUAUAAGUCCUUAAAUGUAACAAAAAACAUUAAUAAUGCAAAAAAAAUAACAAAUAGGGAGUAUUACUGCAAUGUUCUGCCGCCAGAGUGCAGCACUAGCUCCUCUCCAUACAUACUGUGCCUUAAACUGUUUUUGACAAGUUAUCACAGACAAUAAAAUAUGACAUUAAUGCAUCAAGGCGGUUUGUUAACAAAGGCCUACCGGGAAACGCGAAAAUUGACAUUUAGUUAUCUGCCUCUUUAUCGCUCAAAUAUGCAAGAGUGAUAGAGAGGUUAGAUAACGAAAUUUCGAUUUUCUUGUUUCGCGGUAGACCCCCAGAUUGUGACGGAUAGUGGUGGUGUGGUGGUGGCGUCUCCUACGCGGAGUUUCGCGUAAUAUUCCCUAUUUCCUUAAGAGGAAUUUA